AUGCGCGACGGUGGCGACGUCAUCGAGACGGCGCGCAUCGAGGCGGACGGUGACGCGCGCGCGCGCGCGGCGGUGAGCGCGUUGGCGCUCGUCGGUGCGACGGCGGUGAUGCCGGAGGCGGCGCACGCGGCGGGUGGGGCGUACGGGUUGUUCGAGGGCAGAACGUUGGCGCUGUUGCACCCGGCGGGUUUGGCCGGGUUGUACGGCGUGACGCUCUACGCCGGGUGGCUCGGCUUGCAGUGGCGUAAGGUGCGCACGGUCGGUGACGAGAUUUCGGCGUUGAAGAAGACGAUGCCGGCCGACGCCGACGCCGCGGCCGGAAGCGCGGCGGCGAAGCAGAUGGACGAGCUCACGGCGACGAGAAAAGAACUCAUCGCGGGUAAGUUCAAGGAUAAGCACGCGAACGCCGGGUACUUGCUCCUCGCCAUGGGGGUAACCCUCGCGGUUGAAGGUUGCGUGAACACGUACUUGCGCACCGGUAAGCUCUUCCCGGGCCCGCACCUCUUUGCGGGCGCGGGGAUCACCGUCCUCUGGGCCAUGGCGGCCGGUUUAGUGCCGGAGAUGGAGAAGGGCAACCAAAAGGCGCGCGAUUUGCACAUCGCGUUGAACUGCGUCAACGUUGCCCUCUUUACCUGGCAAAUUCCCACCGGUUUGGAGAUUGUUGGCAAGGUUUUCCAGUUCACUUCUUGGCCGUAG